CAAGGACCUUGCACACAUGCAACAAGAUUCACGUCUUGCAUCAUCUUUGGAAUCCGAUUUCGAGUUAAAUCAAUAGACGAAGGAAAAAAGACUCAGUGUACUGGUGUGAUGGUCAAUACGGAGACGAUUAGCUAUGCAAGUGCAAGAGACCCAAAUCCUUGUGCAGGUUCGGUCGCAUAUUACGGGUACAAGAUGGUGAACCUCCGGCACUUGAUGUACAGAACAAAUCUCCCAACAGAUGAACCGUUUAUCUUAGCUACGCAAGCAAGAGAGGUUUGGUACAUCAUUGAUCCCGCAGAUGAAAACUGGAGCAUUGUUGUUCCAAUGGUUAGGAGAGAUACCUAUGAUGUUUACACAACCAUGGAUGAUAAUUUCAGGACAAGGUUUAACGUUGACGAUGGCUGCACAUCCAGAGGACCGGCUGAUUAUUGGUUGAGGGAGGAUGUAGAGGGGGUAAUAGUGGAAGGUGAAGCCAAUAUGAAUGUAGGCACUAGCCUAUCAGGGAUGAUUGAAGAGGAUUCUUCCGAAGAAUCUGACUGCGUUUCAUUAUAAUGGAGUGUAGUCCUUU